UGCAGAAAUAGCGGGAGUCUGUGGGAGUCUGUUAGAAAGAAUUAAGCUGAAUAAAGAAUUUAGAAACGAUAUUAUUAAAGGGAACAUCAGUGGAGUGCAACUAUGGUAUGGUACGUUGUUAUUGGCGACGACUGGUGCUCCAUAGUUCCCGAUUCAUGGGUUUUUGCAAGUGAGUCGAUGAUUUGGUGGCCACCGAAAGGUAUCAAUGCCACUACAGCACUGUCAAAGAAAAUGCAACCCAGCGAUACAUGGACUCUAACUCCAUACAAUCAGCUCAUUGGCCCAAUUGAUUCCUAUCAAGAAGCUCGGCAAAUCGAAAAAAAAUCAGUAAAUAUUUCAUCGGAUGCUGACACUGAUACCAUGCGUGCUACAUUUGAAGAGCCAUUGAAACGGUCGCAACAAGUCCGAGAAGUCUCCUCCGAUGACUCUGUUGCCUCUAAUGACAGUUCCUUUAAUAAGUUACCAAUUUCCAAGCAACGUAAAGAUCCACAAAAAAAAAUUUGUCCGAUGCCUCUUCCAAACUGUUCGUAUAUAUCAAAGGAACGAUGCGGAGGUGGAACCAAGGCAUUACAAUCGCAAUUAAGUAGUAAGCGUGCAUUCUCGCCAGACUGCCAACAGCCUGUAAACUCUACUUCGAAACAGAUCAAUGAUUCGAAAAAAACGCAACAAGAGUCUACGAUAGAAAUUCUCGGCAUCUCAUCUAUCAGCCCUGGGAAGGUCAAGUCAAUGGAGCGUCAUCAGGAGCGACACGAUAAACAUUACCUGUCUGAUAUACAAGACUUACCUGGUUCACAACGGUUCGACGUUAUAGAAAAUGAAUCCUCAACGAGGAAUCAUAAUAAUUGCUGUGGUGAAUGCAGAGACUACACCCGUAAAGAACUGAAAAGAUUGUCCAGACAAAUGUACGCUAUUGAAGCUCUACUAAAAGAGGGGAAUGCAGGACGAAGCGAUGAGGUUGUAGCACAAGAUCUGUUACCUCCAUUGCCUCUAAUGACGCUUAAACAGUUUUUGCAGUGCGAAAAUCAGUUAGAAGUGAAUACCAACAUGAGAAAACAAUUUGAAUACAUGAUAUGUCGAAUCGGAGGUUCGACGGGUAAGCACUUUAUUAGAAAUACUCUCUCACAAAUUAUCUCUAAUGAAGUAGCCACUCAAAUAUCAUGGACAGGUCAGAAGAGUGAUGUAAGCUUUAAAUCCACAUCCAUAUCCAAACUAAUAAUCGGUAACAUUUAUUCCAUUAUACCUACUUUCCUAUAACCACAAGGUUUAAAACAUUUUUGUGAUAUUGGAAACAUAGCCUUUUGCGUGCAAAAGGCUAUGUAUAUUUAUAUUAAAUCUAAGCUGCAUACCUAUCUAAAUCUGGUCGCACAUAUGAA